AUGUCGCAAAAUCGCCCAAAUGGCCUGCCAUUGCCAUAUGCCCCAGUGCCCUCGCAGCCCAGAAGAGAAAUGAGGCAGCCUAUGCGAACGUCCAAGCUGGGAAGCAAGUUGAAGGUCCUCCCGACACAGCCGGACACGUACGCCAUUCCCGAAGAGGAUGAGGACGAGGACAGGCUUGAGCCUGAGGAUCGACAUGAUGGGGAAGGCGUCGAGUUCUACACGCCAUUAUCGCAGAUCCCGGCGGGUACGGCUCGGCGGGAUGCCCAAAAGUUGACCAAAACGGAAAAGGCAAAGUUGCCUAGGGUGACUGCGUUCUGUACUGCUGCUUCAUAUAACCUCCCCGCGAUCCAAGCGCACCUUGCCGCUCGGCCCGCCUCGUACCGCACCCACCCACGCGUAUUCGACGCCGAGUGUAUCCACACACCCUACCUCCCCCCUCCAUCCGGUUCCUCAACUUUCCGGGGCCACAUCAACGGAAUGAGCAGUCCCGUCAUUCAGCCUCAAUACCGAGACGAGACGCACGUUCCCGAAGGCGAUCUCUUGAAUCUGAACGAUGGGUCCGACGAAGCCGAGCGCGAGGCAGAAAGCGGCGUCAUUUCCGUCGGCGGGUGGAAGAAUGGUGCUUCGAGCAAGAAGCGGGAAAGUAGGCGCAAGACGGGUUUCAGUAAAGGCCCUGGUGGGAAAGCAGGCGGGCGGAGAAAGUCGGUACAGAGGGAAAGUAGCGAGACGUCGGAAGAGACGGAAGAGUAUGGACCGGGAGCGGGGACGGGAGAUGAGGAUGAGAGUGAUGAUGAGUGGGAAGAGGAGGAGUGGGUGCCAGAUGUGUUUUUGUUUGAGUAUGGGACGGUGGUCAUUUGGGGGAUGACGGAGAAGGAGGAGAAGGCGUUCUUGAGGAGUUUAAAGAAAUUUGAGGUUGAGCGCCUGAGUCACGAGGACAUCGAGAUGGAGGACCUGAAUUUCUACUAUGCUGACUACUCUCGCAUAUACAAUGAUGUGAUCACCCUCAGGAAAGGGUCAUCGUAUAUGACGAAACUCGCCCUCUCUCACGCGCUCUCGCAAUCCGUCAAAAUCUCGCUCUUCGAGGAAUUGAUCAGCAGCACAAUCGAGCAGACCAAGGAUAUCCCAAAGAGCAUGUCUGAGACCGGCAAGAUCGGGUUGCCAAGAAGUGAGAUUAUGAAGCAGAUUGGGAAUCUCUUCAUUCUGAGGAUAAAUAUUAACUUGGUCGGGUCGAUUCUGGAUUCACCGGAAUUCUUCUGGACCUUCCCCGACUUGGAACCCCUCUACGCCGCCGCCCGAUCCUACCUAGAGAUCUCCCAGCGUAUCGACCUGCUCAAUGCCCGUGUCGACGUCCUACAGGACAUGUUGAAGCUGCUCAAGGAGAGUGUGAAUAGCAGUCAUGGCGAGCGAUUAGAGGCUAUUGUCAUCAUCCUCAUUGCCCUGGAGAUUGUGUUGGGUAUUAUCACUAUUUUGGUCGAUUUGAGUUUCUCGUAG